AACUACAGGUCAUGUAUACAUGUACUCAACUACAGGUCAUGUAUACAUGUACUUAAUUACAAGUCAUGUCUACAUGUACUCAACUACAGGUCAUAUAUACAUGUACUCAACUACAGGUCAUGUAUAUAUGUACUCAACUACAGGUGAUGUAUACAUGUACUUAACUACAAGUCAUGUAUACAUGUACUCAACUACAGGUGAUGUAUACAAGUACUCAACUACAAGUCAUGUAUACAUGUACUCAACGACAUGUCAUGUAUACAUGUACUCAGCUACAUGUCAUGUAUACAUGUACUCAACUACAGGUCAUGUAUACAUGUACUCAACUACAUGUCAUGUAUACAUGUACUCAACUACAGGUCAUGUAUACAAGUAUUCAACUACAGGUCAUGUAUACAUGUACUCAACUACAUGUCAUGUAUACAUGUACUCAACUACAGGUCAUGUAUACAAGUACUCAACUACAGGUCAUGUAUACAAGUACUCAACUACAAGUCAUGUAAAUAAGUACUCAACUACACAUGUGCAAUUGAUGAGAAAGUGUAGGAUGUACAUACAGCAUAGGCUUGCAUCCAUUGCAUACAUAAGUUUAUGUAUUACACUAUUUUAUAUACAGAUAUAAGUAUGGGAGUACACAUAUAUUAAUAAUAUGAUUGAAUAGGUACAUGUAUGUGUGUUUAAUAGGACUGCAGUAAAUUGUCAUAUUCAGAACCUUGUCUUAGAUUUUGGUAACAAUAUCUUCCAUUUUGCACUGGAAACAUUUGGCUGGACCAGAAUGUUUUGAUUUGGGCUUAAUGGAUAUUUUGAAAACCAUAUUUCAAGAAACUGGAAUAGAAGUCUAAAAUUGAAUGGCAGUCUUAUAUAUACUCUUUAGGUGUUAAAAGAUGAUCACUGUUCUGAAUAUGGAUCCACCCAAUGAAAAAAAAAACAGUUAAGCAUUGUAUUAUAUUAUAUCCACAGUGAAACCUGUAUAACACCUCUGGAAUAUGAACUUCUCUCAAUGUCAACACUUUUUACAUCUGUUUCUUAUUCUGCAACAGACUUCCUUGUUAAAAACCUUGAGGUGUUACACUUUUAGCGGAUGUCACUAGUGUUUGGAAUAUAAUGGUUUCGCUGUACAUGUAAAAAACAUCUAGACUAGUUAGCUUUGUAUUCUUCAUAUAUUACCCAAGACUGUUAAAGAUUCCUUUUUAUUGAUUAAUAUUCUAGUAUAUAAUCAGAUUUUCAUAUUUCAUUAUAUUGUUAUUUUUAC